GAGUCUCGGCUGGUGGAGGUCCCUCGUAUGAAGGACAUUCAAGUGGAUGUGACCCCAAACCUGCAGGAGAGGCUCAGCGCGGUGACAGACAUCCUGUCACGGCUCUCCAAGCUAGUGUCUGAGGACCUGGAGAAGGCUUUGUCUACAGCUGUGGGGCAGGACAAGCAAGGUAACCUAACCUCACUGUAUGAAGGAGGAGGCUGUGUGUAAGGUCAGGACAAGCAAGGUAACCUAACCUCACUGUAUGAAGGAGGAGGCUGUGUGUAAGGUCAGGACAAGCAAGGUAACCGUAUUGUAUGAGGAGCAUAUUUGUCUUACUUUGCCAAGGUAACUGCUCUAUAUUUAGCUAGAGCUGUGUGUGUUGUUUUUAUGGAUAGUCAUCUCCAAUCUUUUAAAAUGUCUGUCUCUGUGUUUCUCCCCCAAUCGCACUCCUCUUCCCCAUCCCCCCACCCCCUCUCUUCCCUAGGUUCUCCCCAGGAUAAGCGCCCCGUCCUGGCUGUGGUCCCCAGUCCUGCUGCUCCAUGUCACCCAGCUGAGAAGGAGGGCCUCAGCGAAUGUAUGUGGUCGUUCCUUACUUUAACAUAAAACUCUCAGAUAUUAACACCAGUAAGUGUAAAUAAUAGCAUAAAAAUGUAUUCUGGAUAAUUAGUAACCUGAAUGAUGUUCAAAAGUUUGCCAACAUAAACUUUAUCUAUCACCUAUCCUUUGUUUUAGAGCUAAUUUAGAUUAAUAAGCUGUACACCUAAAUGUCUUCUCACAUGCUACCUCCCCCCUCCACCUCAGAUUGCUGCACCCUGACCUUUGACCCUCGCACGGCCAACGGUCACCUGCUCCUCUCCCAGGAGAACCUACGGGCGGAACACCUGACCUCUGGGCCGCGCCCUGUCCCAGCCCACGAGGCUCGCUUUGACCACACCUGGCAGGUGCUCUGCUUCCAGGGCUUCAAACACGGACGGCACUACUGGGAGAUGGAGUUGUCCAAGCCAUGGGCCUACCUGGGGGUAAGAAGGUGUGAAGGCCAUGGCAGCUGAAUUAUAUGUAAAUAUUUGUAUAAACUGUAUAUAAUUGUGCCUGUGUCUUUAGAAAUUUUGACUGCACCUCUUCCUAACAUAACCUUUGACCCAUGCGUCUCUCCCCCAGGUGACUUACGAGGGCAUCCCCAGGAAGGAAAAGGGGAAAAGGUGCAUGGUUGGAAUGAACGAUCUGUCCUGGAGCCUCCAGCUGGAUGAGCGCCAGUUGAGCGCCUGGCACAACGGGCGCCGGGAGACGGUGGCUGGCCACUCCCACCACUCCCGCAUCGGAAUUCUGCUGGACUACGAGGCUGGAACACUGACGUACUAUGGAGACGGGCAGACGCGGCUGCAUGCCUUCCACUGUGCCUUCACUCAGGAGCUGUUCCCCGCCUGUUGGAUAGGGGAGGGCAUCAGCAUCACCCUCUGCUCGCCAUGA